AUGCCUAAGUCGAAGAAGAGGAAAGAUGUCAUCAAAGUAUUGGUACCGGAAAAGCCAGCGGCAAAUUUAACUUCUGCUAUGCGAAUGGAAUUAUAUGCUACACCGGAAUCUUUUGAAAAUGCAACCUUUCAAGCAUCUUCAAGUUAUGUUGCCGGAAAAGCAACGAAAACAGAAAUAUCACAGAAAGUACCAAAGAAAGAGAUAUUGAAGAAGUCGGAAAAAGAGAUCAGUAAGCGUAACGCCAUGAUAACGAAAGUCAAUGAUGUGCAAUCUUACGAUGCCGAUGUGAUUGGAACAUAUUCACAAAGUUCUGGAACAGUUUCCUACGAUUCUAUCAAAUCAAUGAAUGAGAAUUCACUAGAAAAAGCCAAGAUUAACAGCAAAUAUAUGCAAAAUACCAACCAUAAAUUGCAUAAAAUGGCUAUAGAACAGUUGUUGGAAGAUGAUUCAAGCAUAGCAAAGAUGCGAGUUAUUACUGAUACUGAAUUAAAUCGUCGGAUUACCGGACAGGAAGUGCCACCCGAGAAUCAGCAAGCGAUUCCAACUCCUCCAUUAUGGGGGCUAUACGAAACUCUGCUCACCAAGAAGUGCCUUAAUGAAGUGGUAGAGAAUUUUUUCGCCAGUCCUCGGGAUGACAUCGAAUUAACAAUGAGGUUAUCACGACGUGAUAUGUACCCCAGGUUGCACAUCGAACUAGCACCGAUUUACCAAGAUCUACAUAUUGAAGCUGCUCAUUUUCAACAAGAUGCAAUAACACCAUUUGCUGUUAGAAACAAAAAUCGGCAUUUUGAUGAUCUUCUACGAACAGAAGAUUGGAAUGAUUAUCUGCCAUCAAGAGAUCUUUCAAUGCAAUCCAUGGAGAAUAGAAGUGCUUCGAUGUGUUGUGCACAAUCUUCGGAUGCAACAACCGCUCGAUCACCAAGUUAUGACUAUCUCUCCUCCGCAUACUCAUAUCUUGUUGCUUUUGUUAAGGUAUCGCAUACAUUUUGA